AUGAAAACAUUCUUCAUUACAGGAGAUGUGCCUGUUGGGUAUCAGGUGCCCGAUUUCCCAUCCUUAUAUUGGCCCAUGAACAAUGGUAAGUUCAGCGUCGCAUAUCUCUACUACCUCCCCGAUAUAUGGAGGUUUACGAUCUUCUGGACCAUGAUUCUAUUUGCAAUAGUAUACGGAACUACAGGUGCAAUCGCAUGGACUACACACAAGAAAAUCUUAUUCGGCUUUUGGAUGAUCCCAUUGUAUAUAAUGAUAGGCAUGGCGCAGGCGUUUGUCUCGGGAACUGUGGUGGGUAUAUUGAUCGCGAUCAUAUAUAAGGCAGGGUUAUUUGCAAUGUCUACAUGGAUUCCCUUAUGCUGUGCUGUGGUCCAAAUUUUAUUUAACGUGAGCACAAGUUACUCGAUGACAAGUCCGAUCAUAUGA